AUGGAGGAAGAUAAGCAGAAAGACCCUAAACCAACCAUUAGACUCCCAUAUCCUCAAAGAACAAAAAAGAAGAAGAAGAAUGAGAAAAUUUUCGAGAAAUUCUUGGAGAUAUUCAAGAAAUUUGAGAUUAACAUUCCGUUCUCUGAGGCCUUGGAGAAAAUUCCCUUAUACACCAAAUUCAUGAAAGACAUCAUCUCAAAGAAGCGUCCCACCAACACUGAGCAUGCCCUUAUUGAUUUGGGAGCUAGUGUCAAUUUGAUGUCGUUAUCUAUUUACAAAAAAUUGGGCAUUAGCACGGUUCAAGACACUAGGAUGACAUUACAAUUUGUUGAUCACUCAUUUAAGCGACCUUAUGGAGUGGUAAUAGAUGUUCUGGUGAAGAUAGACAAAUUUGUAUUCCCGGUAUACUUUGUGAUUCUUGAAAUGUCUGAAGAUGAAGAGAUUUCUCUCAUUUUAGGCAGACCAUUUCUAGAGAUGGGGAGAUGUAUGAUAAACAUAGAAGAAGGUACGAUGACUCUAAAAGUCUAUGAUGAAGAAUUGCAGAUUGAUGUCCGAAACACUAUGAAAUACAAAGAUGAUGUUGGUACUAGCCAUACUAUAGAGGUAAUAGAUCAAGUGAUUGCUCAGGGAAGUCCAAUGAAGAAACCACAGUUACCUUUCGAAUGGGUCUUGAGCCAGUCAAUUUUUGAAAAUGAUGAAGUGAAGGAUGAGAUAGAACCUGAAGUACUAGGCAUAAUGGAAGCACAACCUUAG